AGGCGUGCCAUAGAAUCGCUUGCGCUUUUCGAGUGUGUCUGAGUGCCAUACGAGUAUACGCUACAGUAUCCGGGAAGUCUGAUGAAAAUAAACGGACACAAAAUCCCAACCUUUCUCUACAUAGACUACUUUCCAACUGUGAAGAGGUGCAGCAAAGGAGCAGUUGGAGGUAUCCGUCUGGCGACUGGAGCCUGAGCUUCCCUUCCUCCACAGGACCUGAGUGCUCACCUCUGCCAGUCUUCCCCCUCCUCUCCCUCCAGACCUCAUCAGUUCAUUCACACCUAGGUCUAAAUAUACCACAGCAUCACUUCUGUCUGGAUUCCCCAGGAUCAUCUGCUUCCGGAUUGGCUGAAAUCGCACCGUGCUGUGCUUACUGAUUCCAGCAGAGAGACCCACUUGAAGUGCCAUAGUUGCUGGGCGGGUUUUCAGAGUUGGGGUUUUGUUUGGGGGGUUCUAUUGUUGUUACCGUGGUUACGCAUCACUAAUUGAAGAAGGAUGGAGGCGCCGUUCGCCAUGGGGAUGGCUGCCAAGCUGCGCAACCAGUGGGACCGUGAGCAGGGUCUGGGCCAGAACCACAACGCCGUUAAGUUCCAGGGCCAGGACUUCGAGUCUCUGCUGGCCCACUGCCUCCAGACGAGGACGCUGUUCGAGGACCCGCUCUUCCCGGCACAGCCUUCUUCACUGGGCUUCAACGAGCUGGGGCCGCGGUCCUCCAAGACCCAGGGCACGCGGUGGAUGCGACCCCCGGAGUUCUGCUCUCAUCCCCAGUUCAUCAUGGAUGGAGCCACGCGCACAGACAUCUGCCAGGGAGUACUGGGUGACUGCUGGUUGCUGGCGGCCAUUGCGUCUCUGACUCUGAAUGAUAACCUUUUGCACCGCGUCGUGCCUCAUGGCCAGAGCUUCACCACCGGAUAUGCUGGAAUCUUCCACUUCCAGUUUUGGCAGUUUGGCGAGUGGGUGGACGUGGUGAUUGACGACCGGCUGCCGGUGAAGGAUGGAAAGCUGCUGUUUGUGCACUCGGCUGAGGGAGGGGAGUUCUGGAGCGCCCUGCUGGAGAAGGCCUACGCCAAACUGAACGGCUGCUAUGAGGCUCUGUCAGGCGGCAGCACGUCGGAGGGCUUUGAGGACUUCACGGGCGGUGUGACGGAGAUGUUCGAGCUAUGUAAGGCUCCCUCUGACCUCUACAGCAUCAUGGGCCGAGCCAUAGAGAGAGGCUCCCUCCUGGGCUGCUCCAUAGACAUCACCAGCAAUCAUGACAUGGAGGCUGUGACCUUCAAGAAGCUGGUGAAAGGUCACGCCUACUCGGUGACAGCUGUGGACGAGGUGGUGUACAGGGGUAACAUGACUAAACUGGUGCGGAUCCGUAACCCUUGGGGAGAAGUGGAAUGGACUGGAGCCUGGAGCGACAACUCAAGGGAAUGGGAGAGUGUGGACCAAUCAGUCAGGGGCCGGCUACAGAACCGCAGUGAGGAUGGAGAGUUCUGGAUGUCGUUCAGUGAUUUUUUGCGAGAAUUCAGCCGUCUUGAGAUCUGUAACCUGACAGCAGACGCUCUGCAGGCGUCGAACCUUAAGAAGUGGAGCACGUCGCUUUACCAGGGCGAGUGGAGGAGGGGCAGCACCGCUGGGGGAUGCAGGAACUUCCCAGCCACCUUCUGGAUCAACCCACAGUUCAAGAUCGCGCUGCAGCACCCGGAUGUAUCCGGCCAAUCAGCUUGCAGCUUCCUGGUAGCUCUCAUGCAGAAAGAUCGUCGAAAGAAGCGGAAGGAGGGCAAAGACAUGGAGACCAUUGGAUUCGCCGUCUAUGAGGUUCCAGAUCAGUACCGGGGUCGUUCGGGAGUGCACCUGAAGCGAGACUUCUUCCUGACGAACGCGUCGAGUGCCCGCUCCGAGACCUUCAUCAACCUGCGCGAGGUCAGCUCUCGCUGCCGCCUGCCCGCCGGCGAGUACAUCAUCGUGCCCUCCACGUUCGAGCCCAACAAAGAGGGCGACUUCGUCCUCAGGGUCUUCUCUGAGAAGCCUGCCAACUCCGAAGAGCUGGAUGACAACGUCGUUGCAGAUAUUCCUACUGAGACCAAGUUGGAUGAAAGUCAGAUUGAUUCAGGAUUCAAGAGCUUGUUCAGACAGCUAGCUGGCGCGGACAUGGAGAUAAGUGUCACAGAACUUAAAACCAUUCUCAACCGUAUCAUUGGCAAACAUAAAGACCUGAAGACUGAUGGCUUCACUGAAGAGGCCUGUCGUAGUAUGAUCAACCUGAUGGAUACUGAUGGCAGUGGAAAGUUGGGAUUGACUGAGUUCCAUGUGUUGUGGGAGAAGAUCAAACGCUAUCUGACUGUCUUCAGACAGUUUGACCUGGAUAAGUCGGGCACCAUGAGCUCCUAUGAAAUGCGCAUGGCCCUGGAGUCUGCAGGCUUCAAAUUGACCAAUCACCUGUUCCAGUUGAUCAUCCUGCGCUACACAGAGGAGGAUCUGUCGGUUGACUUUGACAACUUUGUCACCUGUUUGAUCCGCCUGGAGACCAUGUUCAAAACGUUUAAGACGAUGGACACAGACUCUGAUGGUGUCAUAUCCCUCAAUUUCUUUCAGUGGAUCUCCCUCACUAUGUUCGCCUAGAGAGGCUGCAUGUUGGCUGAAGAUUCUGAGCCUCAGUCCAGCACCCUGUGCCAACCCACACCCCCUGCCCACCCUUAUACCAGCCGUGCCUUAACGCCUUACCACCCCAAACCGGUGGUGGGACUUCGGGCCAGACUGCUUUCACUUUUUAACCUCUUCCCUCCCACAGUGGGUUCCUGUUUACAAGACUGGUCAUUUAGUGUGUGUGCCAAAUAGUGCACUGCGUCCUACUACAAUCAUCACCAUUUUGACAAGGAAGGACUUCAGUGGUGCUUCCGUGAGACUGCCAUGUGGAUUAAGUGUAUUAUAGGCUAUUCCUUGUUUUAGCCUAAAACAUUACUUUAAAUUAUGUCCCACUGCAUAAACACUAUGCAGAUUAGAGAGAUAACAUCAUUAUACUAGGUAACAUCAGCUGAUGAAGUGACAUAUCAAGGGUUGGUGAGAGAUUGCCAAAUCAACAAUUUUAGGUUUUAUUCUAUGUUGUGUGGUAUUCUCAAUACCAAAGAUAUACCAAAAUAUAUUCUUGGGGCAAAAUGCAAAUUAUGUGGAUAUGCUUGCCAUUGCUUGGAGUAAUGGAGUGUAAAACUCAGCAUUCACAAUCAUGGAUAUUGCUUACAUGCUACUUUAUUGAGGCUUUGCCUUUGCUGCCUCGUGACUGCCAAAUGUCUAUUUACAUCUCAGCAUCUUAUACAUAACCACUGAAUGCCAAAAAACCUGAAAUCUUACUUCAAUGAUGGGAUAGAUUCUUGAGCGAUAUAGAAUUUAGGUUCUUUUCAUGCCAGAGUCCUGGUUUAGAUGACCUUAGACUUCUACAAAGAUAUUGGGUUAAAGUUGGUUGGGGAAGUACAUGUUUACACAGUACCAUCACAGUACAACUUUAAAGCUACGGUGGACUCUUUGAGUUACUUAGUUUUUCUAUGUCUCAGCCAGCCAUUUGUGUAGCUAACUCACAUCCGGUCAGGAAAGCCACCCAUGUUUUGAUAAUACAUUACAAACACAUUGGAUCAUUGUUUGAGGACUCGUUCACAGAAGUCACUCAUUCUAUACUGCCUGCUUUUAUGUCAGUGGCCAAUAAUCAUAAUUACAAUGUCAGUCACAAGUCAGAAAUUCCCUGCUUAUGUUUUUACACUGCACUGCAUGUUUGCUUUUGUACAAAAUGAACUUGUUUUUGGGGGUGGGUUUAAUAAAUCAUCGGUGUGUGUUGGGAGAGGCUGUUUUUAAAUACUUCUAAUAACCUAACAAAAAUGAGUCUUAUCCUGCCAAUUUAUGACCCCGAGAUUGUGUAAGAGGAUCAACAAUAUAUGGGAACAACAGCAUAUGCCGAAAAGUGACGCCAAAAAGGGACAGGCAUAAUAGUGUGCAUUGGGUUGACAUGCCUAAGGGUGCAUAGAUUCCUCAAAUAUGGACAAUGGCCAAAAUGUUAUGUUUACGGAACAUGCCAUAAGCACCUUAUGUGCUAACCAACCAACCUUGAUUAAUUGUGAAAUGGUGCUUGCUGUCACUUCAUUGUAGUCUCUACUGAAUUGAUUUUUAUUAUGUAGGCUGCACCUUUUUUCUGUCAACGUUGUUGAAUAAAUACAUUUUUAAAUUGG